AUGGCCUUCCCAAACGGUGAACGCGCUGGAGAUGCCGAGAAAUCUAAUGCGCCCUCAUCUACAACGCCGACGCCAAAUAUCCUAUCCAGCAUUCGGAUCAACGGAGCCGCCAUCCUAAAAUUAUUGAGAAAGCUCAAACCUGCCAAAAGAAAUGUACCGGCGAGCUUGCAAUGGAUCCCGGCGAACUGGACGUGGUCUAAAAUAAAGCCGGUCAUUCGGUGUGCAGCUGCGGCGUGGAUAUGCACAGUGCUGUUCUUGAUUCCUAGAGUGGAGAUUUUCAUGGGCCAGGCCAGCUUUCUCAUCCUCAUCGCCAGUUUCUUAUCUCCACCAAGUGACCCAUUUAUGAGCGUCCUCGAACGUGAAGCUAUCAUUUUGGUCUUCGUAUUGAUUGGUUGGGGGUGGGCGAGUCUAGGGAUCAAACUUGCGGAUUUGGCACGACACACCAAGGACCCUGCAGCGUCGUUGCAAGAUAUCUUCUCGGGGCGAUACGUAGAAGCGGCGCCGACGGUGAUUCAAGCGGCUUUCAUAUUCUUUGGCAGCACGUUCUUUUUGUAUAUCAAGGCGAGCCAAGGCCCGGGGCCAUAUCUCUUUGCCAGUAUAUUUGGGUGCAUCUGCAUGGAUAUAUGUCUCACGACAUCAGUACUCUUCCCCUAUCCGUUCUACUCUAUCGGCCAAGCAAUCAUCCUUCCGCUCGCGUUCCACUCCGGUGUCGCCCUUCUUUGUUCCAUACUCAUAUUCCCCGUGUCAAUUUCCGCACAAUUCACUCAAAACCUUACGAACGUACUUAGACCAUUGCAGACCUCCCUUGCGCUUCAUCGGUCCCUUCUCGAAGGCUCGAGUUCCUCACCACCCAACCUCCAUCCUACAGACUCCAACUCGCCUGUCACGCCUUCCUCAGAUUCCACCUCUCAAACACAGUCGCAGUCCCAGCCGCCAUCCGCGUCAACACUCACCUCGACCCUUAAGCAAACCGUCUCCAAAUCGGAAUCAGGAUUAAUCCCUCUCGCAGCCUCCGCCCGCCUUCUCCGGAGCGACCUCAUCUAUACGCGGUUCGCACCUCUGGACUGGAGGAACGUACAGAAGGUUGCGAGGAGGAUCGCCGUUAGGGCUAACGGGAUGGCGGUGUAUUGGGAGUUGGUGGAUCCGGAAAAGAGUAGGUUUAGUGCCAGUGGGGUGGCUAGUGGCGUUGCUAGUGGUAUAGCGACGCCGAUGAGAGGCGGCGGAGGAAGCGUCCCGGGCACGCCGAUUAUUGGGUCAGCGACUUUACCUGCGGAUAAUUCAAUUCCUUUGGCCCAGCGAAUGUCGAGACCCCCGUCACGAUCAAGGCCUGGCUCGCGGCCUGGCUCACGACGCGGAUCGAGGGCGCCGUCUCUCAUUCGUAAUGGAACAGCUGAAGAUGGAGAUGAACCAGCGACUCCUACGUUGUCCACGAUAACCCAGUUUCCCCAAACGCAGUCGCAGACCCACAGCCAUAGCCACGCCAAUCUACUGGGGCAUUUCCAUCGGCAUCCACAUCUACACUCUAUACACCUCCAUAGUGCUCUCAAACGCCUCUCUUUAUCCCAUCCUCCGGGCUCCCCAAACUCACCGCAUCACCACUAUCAACCGAGUUCUGAGUUCGCGGUGGGCGUGUUCGAGAGUCAGAGGUACCUCAACCUUGAGGCGAAGAGGCUGCAUGAUCCGUUAGAGGAGGAGCAUACGAGGGAGGCAAAUGCAUUGUUGAAAGACAGUUGUGGGGAUAUGAUCGGAGUCUGUGAGGAGGGUAUCAAGGAAAUCGUGGACUGGUUAGGGAGGGCUAGGGACGGGCGGUUGAGAUGGACUGGCUGGGGGGAAGCGGGGAAUGAAAAGCAGGAAAAAAUGUGGAAAGAUGGGUGCGAGAAGCUAAGGAGUGUGAGGGUUAAAGUGGCGCGUGAGCUGGAGGUUUUCAUGGAAAAGAAGAGGCAUAAGGUCCUGGAUCCCUACCGCCUUGCGUUCGAACCAAAAGACAUUCCGGGAAGGAAGUCCAGGUUCGACCUAGAUUUCGAAGAGGACAAGGAUGAACGGGAGCAUCAGACAGUGCCACCCCAUCGGUAUCUGUUCAGAUGUUACGUUUAUCAGUAUCAUCUCCUGCAGUUCUCGCAUAAUUUAUUACAGAUGUUUGACGAGAUCCUGAAAAUGGAGGCCGAAAGGCGGCGGAACAAACUAUGGACGCCGGCACAUAAUAUUCUAUUCUCGUGGCGGAACUGGGAGGCGGUCGAGAAUCUUGAGAAAGAUGACGACGAAAAUCCCGAGAUGAUUCCGGGUAUUCAGCCAACAUGGAGCGCCGAUCUCGGCGAACCAAUGCCUCGCGAUCCAGAUGCAUUACCCCCUAGGAAUGCGUUCGAGUUGGUUAUGAAUGGUUUGUAUAGGCUAGCGCUCGCCAUGGGACACGGGAACAUGGUAUUCGCUAUCAAGGCGGCAAUACUGACAGUCAUUAUGUGUCUCCCGUCUUUCAUCAAGGCGUCCAGUGGUUUUGCCUAUCGCAAUCGAUUUGUAUGGGCUAUAUUCAUGGGACAACUGACAUUGGCCCGAUUUCGUGGAGAUACGACGUUCGGACUCACAGCCCGUAUCCUUGCAACCUUCUUUGGGUGCAUUGCCGGGUUGAUUAUGUGGUACAUCUCAGCCGGUACGGGCCACGCCAAUGCGUAUGGCCUUGGCGCAGUUUGUGCGGUUUGCUUCCCGUUUUUCUUCUAUGCAAGGCUGUAUUGGCCUGGGCCACCGAUGACAAACAUCAUUUUCUUCGUUACUACGGUGUUGGUCGUAGGAUACUCAUACCAGGACAACUACAUCGUUGUGGCCGCCUCCCCAGGGUCCGGUUGGGAUGUCGCUUGGGCGUGUCUGCUGCCUUGCGAGUCUUUACCCCAAAAUUCCCAAGGCGGCGUGCUGACAUGUGGAUUUAGCUUAUUCUCGUUCUUCCCCCCGUCGACAACUAUCCGAAGUUACCAGCGCACGACGCUGGCAACAACCGCUGCUGAAUUGGGCGCGAUAUAUUGCGCUAUCAUCUCGUUCGCUAAUGCUCCCAAAGACGACGAGAAUCAGAGCAUCAUAACGAGUCUCAUUGCCGUGCGAAGUAAGCUCAAGCGUUCAAUUGUUCUGAAGGCGAAUGUGGUGUAUGAAUUUUCGUUGCGGGGGCGAUGGCCCGGGAAGAGGUACCAGCGAGUCAUCGAACUUCAAUUGUAUAUUGCAUAUUCCCUGUCCCAUUUAAUGUCCGUGGUUGAGCAUAUGGAACCGGCGUGGACUCGCGCUUUCCUGCGCCGCACGCGAUUCUUAGAUUCCGAUUUUCAAGGCGACGUUCUUGCUGUAAUCAGUAUGAUCUCAACAGCGUUGAAGACUGGCCACCCUUUGCCCCAAAUCACUCCGUGUCCUUUGCUGGACCGUUACAUGGAAAGGAACCACGGGUUAAAUGUGAUCCAUGUUGAUUCUGAAGAAGACUAUGGACUCCCUCGUACGCUAACUUUGAGCACCCUUGAAAACGAACAAUAUCUACGAUUUUGCGUGGGAGCCUCUACGGCUUAUAGCAUUAUGACACAGCUAGACAGGCUGAUGGUCGCGACGAAGGAGAUUGUCGGUGAACAGUAUCAUAUACACGGCAUCGGUUUCGCAUCGCUCGGUAUACGGACAGAUAUAGACGGAGGCGAGAUUGGACAGCGGACUAGUGUGCAGUUUAGGCUUCCUCAGGUAGUGUAA